CAGGAAGUCCGAGAGUGAUUGCGAGAGUACAAUACGCGUUCUGAGUCACGCCUUCAAUCUAUCACGAAUCCGAAUACCCUGUACUACAUAUGUUCCAUGAAUUCGGCCACCCCAUCCAAGAUUUUCACACCUUAGCAAAAAUCACACGAGAUGACAGGACACGCAGCAUUCGCCCGCAAGUUUUACAACAACCCCUCCACUUCCGACGUUACCUUGACGUUCGGCGAAGAAAGGAUUCACGCCCACUUGGACCUAUUGGACGAGUUUUCGCCUGUCUUUCGCGCUGCGUUCAAGGGCGAUAGGUUUGCGAACGCCGUGACUCGAGACUACGCUAUCCAAGGAUACCCCCAAAAAGUCAUACACUCUAUGAUCCGCUACGUGUACGGCUUUGAACUCGGACUCGGCGAAGAAACGACCAGCGAGGAAGACGCCGACUUUUUGUUGAACGUCUAUCUCAUCGGGAACGAAUAUAAAAUCCAGCCUUUGCAAGCUGCGGCCGCGAAUUUGUUCGAAGCGCUGUUGGAGAGAGUCUUCUAUCGGGACGAGUGCCAGUUUAAAGGCAUCAUCGAGACCCUCCUCUCUUUCUACAGGGAAAAUGAGCUGGAUGAGGAUCUUCGCGGACAUUGGAAAGGCAGCACCGAUUACACGUUAUUGGGAACCGUAGCACGCUUCUGCGAUGAUCGAAGUUCUUAGUGCAUCAUGGAUGAAUGCCUGCCCCCGGAAGGACGAUACAUUCCGGCCAAAAGAUACCGAGCAUUUUCUGCAGAAAUGAGCGAAGUAGACGAUGAGGAAUUAGAAGGAGAUGAUUUCGAGGUGGAUGAUCUGGAGAACAUAAAGGCCAUGAUUGAGGAGUUGGAGUCAGCAACG